AGAAGCCGGACAUAUGAAUGACAAUGCAUUUGAGUCGGAUUAUCAACAGCUGCAAGUGGCAAGGACGCCAAUAGAUUUGAUUCCCAAACCCACGCACAGUGGAGUACAACCUAAACAGGAACAGUAUACAGGACAGCCCCGACAUCCAAGAUUACCAGAAGGGGCACCAGUAAUGUAUGUCGCUUUUACCCCAUCACAAGCAGCAGCCCUAGUGAUGAGUCUGCCUGACCCAGAGAAACAGCCAAUGCCCUUCUACUGCAGGGUAGUGCAGAUACAAGAAACUUACUCAGCCGCCUGGAGAGACUUGAUCAGCCUAUGCCAAAUUAAAGCAGGACAUGUUUUCUGGCCGGUCAUGCAGACGGCCUUCAGUGAUGCUUGCCUGACAAGUGCCACUUCCUAUUCAUCAGGUGAGGAGUUCUGUUCCCAGCUUCACGACUGGGCAAAGGAGAAAUUGGCGGAUCGGACCACCACGAUCCAAGACAUCACCCAAGAUAUAGGGGAAUCUGUGGAGAAGUAUCAUGCCAGACUCAUACAGGCUUUUGAUGAUCUGGGCUUCUCUCAAUAUGAAAAGGCACACAUACACAUGCUCUCAACUGCUUUUGUCUCAGGGCUCAAAGAGGAUAUCAGAAAA